AAGUUGGAAUCGGAAAAGUGAGUUGGAAAAACAGUGCCAGAAGCCUGUGUGACUUGGACGCAAGCGGAGGCGGUCGUCGGUGGGAGUUGCAACUUCAGCCAGAUAAGAGGAGCUGCUUUUUGUAGCUGUGGAGGAGCAGCAAGAAGGAAAAAAUACCACAAAGCCAACAGGAAGUGCACCAUCAAAAUCAGAGACUCCCAAGAAGCAGCAGUCUUCCGCCCCACCACCAAAAAAAAGGAAGAGAACACACCACCACCCCUACAUAUUUAUGAUUAUCGUCCUGCUGCUGCUGUUCCAAUCGCUGUGCCUCUACUGCCAACGCCUGGUGCUCUACGUCCACGACCGAUGCUUCCCGAGGAACGUGCGCCUGCUGCAGGAGGUGGCCGAAACGGUGGGCGAUCGUAAGGCGCCACAGCGCCUGGCGGAGCAGCAGUUGGAGCAACAGAAGCGAAGCCAGAAGCGGCGCAUCCUCGAACCAAUCCUUCCGCUCGUGGGUGGCCUCAAUUCCGAGGCCUGUCGCUUUUGUGCCCACAGUCCGCAGGGCUACUGUCGCCAUCACUUCCAUCUGCAGGAGCUGCAGCUGCACAGGCAGAGGGGUUCCGGUGGUGAGCAGGAUUUCCGGCAGAUUCGCCGGAUCAAGCGGGAGCUAAAGCGCACUAUUGGCCAGCAGCAGCAGCAACUGCAGCCGACGAGAAGCUAUCGUCCAGUCCGCCUGAAUUCCAUCUGGAGCAGCAGUUCCCUGAGCAGUGGUUACGCUUCACUGACCAGCGUUGGAUCGCAGGAGCAGGAGGAGGCGUCCUUCGAACAGGAGAUUAUUGAGGACGUUCCACUGGAGGAGGAAGUGGAGCUGCAGGACCUGCCGCAGGAGGAUAUCCAACAGCCCCUACUAACCACUUACUUGUAGAUAAACGCCUCUUGGU